UGUGAAGAACAAAAUGGUGCACAUAUUUUAACACCAAAAUGAGCAAAGCAAUAUUCUAAUUCAAUCUUUUCACACUUCACAAAAGGUUGUUUGAAACGCUACAAAUUAAUUCUCCCAUUUUGAACUGUUAAACUCGAAAGUAAAAUAAAUACAGAUUUCAGAAGAACAACAGAGGAUACAGUGUGUUUGUAUAAAUUAUGACAGACGCAGAGCUAGAAUGUUGGGUCCAUGAAAUUUAAAGCAAAGGAUUUCUUCUAGAGCUUAAUUGGAAACGAUUUCAGUAGGAUUGAAACACAACAAUUUCCUCUUGAUCGUUUUUUAAUUUAAAUUGCUUCAUUGUAUGAACUGAGUUAGGAAUGAGUACACAGGUAAUGCCAUACUUUGGAUAGAUCGCACUAUCUUGAGUACACAUCUAACACACAUUUCAGUCCGUCUUCAGGUGAUUUGUCUGUCAUCACAAGAAGAGGAAAUGAUUUUUGUGUUUUCCACCCCCCAACAGGGUCCAAUUUGGUAUAUCCUUUUAUGUCUACCUAAUUUGGUAGAAAAGGCUUAAGGCACGUUAAGUGAAUCUGUCUGAUUGCUCUGGCCAGCCAGGGCUUCUGUUUCUCCAGCAGUUCAUAAUCGGCAUGUGUUGCAAAACUAAUGAGUGACCUAUGGGUCACAGCAAUUUCCAAUUUCCUAAUGGGCAUCCACUCGGGGAAGAGUUAUUGUGGGAAUCAGAAAGCUAGCAAAUGUUUUCCCUGUAAUACCUGGCAGAAUUAGAGCAAGAGCAGUUUGGGGAUCUUGGGGUGGUACCCAUAUGAGAAGCUUUAGGCAUCGAGGUCCCAGAUACCCGACUUCAUUGAUGGGCACUUUUAGUGCUUUUGUGUGCUCCAGUUGUGUCUACGGUAGUGUGUCUAGAUUGAUAGAAAUAUAUGCUGCUUUUGUUCAGAGGAAAAAUUCAAAGAAGCUGAAGUUGUAAACAGAAUCUUCUGCCCACGGUUGUUGAACAAAAUCCCGUGUAAUUCUCACUUUGCAAAAACUUCCGGCUGCAGCAACAAAAUACAACACGUGAUUUUUAAUUAUUAUUAUUCGAUGUAUUCUGAACUGCAAAGGAGUGGAAUAAUAUGUUAACCUGUUUUUGAUUCUUGGUGGAAAUUGCCGGCCCACUUCGCAUAGCAUCCUAUGGAAAGAAAAAAAACGUCUUUUCAUCCCCACUCACAGAGUGAGGGCCUUUGAGUAUAGAGAGCCAUGGCAUGUGUGUUCACCCUUGACAGUUUCUUCAAGUCACAACACCCAUCGUUACUCAAAGGCAAACCUGAAAGAUUGAAUCAGUUCAGAGGACGAAAUGUUAAUGGCUUUCAGAUCAUUUCUGCUUUCUUGUGCCUUAUUCAAUAGUAAUCCUCUUGGAUUUCCUGCAAAGAGAAGGCCAAACGUUACAGUACAUCCACGAUUCUGCGGCAAUCUUACAAUCUUGUUUUUCCAUCAGGAAUACAGUCUCAAAGCCGGCAGCAUUAAUAUUUAAAAUAGAAUUUGCAAGGUCAUCAGCUUUCAUCAUCCUUUUUGAUUGGUCUACUGUAUCUGAAGUAAAUAGUCAGUGUCUCCUUCCCUUGUUCAAUCAAAACUUCCUCCACAGGAAAACAUCUGUCAGCAUUCGAUAAGACCGAUUACCUUAAUACAGGAGUACAGUAUCCAUUUGAGUGGGAUUGCUGUAAAUGCUUCAAGUUCUGAUCCCUGACUAUGGAAACAGAGGCUACAGAUGGCUAUCUCGCUACUGUCAGGCACUGUAGACUGAGUAAUGGUGACUGUUCUCCCAGGAAAGACCACUCCAGGAUGGUGGUGGACCUCUCUUCAAAUACACCCAAUGGGCGACACUCUCCUCUAGGACUCCACACCAAUACACAGAUCAAGCAGGAGGCUGGGACAGAAGAAGAGGUGGAGAGGCAAGCUCUGGGCCUUGAGGAGGUGGUCCCAGGCGGGGAGGAAGGAGCUGGAUUGGAGGACCCCAUGAUUGACAGCCCCAAUGGCCUGCAAGACAGCGGCCAGGGAGGGGAAGGGCCGGGUGACGCAGGGAUCCGACUGCCCAACGGUGAACGGCCUUUCCUGUGCAAUCAAUGUGGUGCCUCUUUUACCCAGAAGGGCAAUCUGCUGAGACACAUCAAACUGCACACGGGGGAGAAGCCAUUUAAGUGUCCCUUCUGCAGCUAUGCCUGCCGCCGGCGUGAUGCCCUGACCGGACACCUCCGGACACACUCUGUGGGCAAGCCACAUAAGUGCAACUACUGUGGGCGGAGCUACAAACAGCGCACGUCAUUGGAGGAGCACAAAGAGCGCUGUCACAACUACCUACAGAGUGUCAGUAUGGACGCUGUGCCCCACGCUGGACUACAACAAGGUGACACAGGAAAGGAGCAGCAGUCCAUGAUGGAAGGGAUGUCGAUAGUGCCUUUUGACAGGCCACCUGUGAUCGAAAGGCUGCAGAGCAAUGUGGGUAAAAGAAAGAGCACCACACCACAGAAAUUUGUGGGUGAGAAGCUGGUUCGGUACAGUUACCCAGAGAUGCGCUAUGAUAUCGGAAUGAAGUACGAGAAGGACGCGGAGCUCAUGCAGGCACAUAUGAUGGACCAGGCCAUCAACAACGCCAUCUCCUACUUGGGGGCCGACUCCCUGCGCCCCCUUAUGCACCCUCAGCACCUCUCGAUGGCCGAUGUGGUUCCUAUGAUGAACCCACUCUUCUCUCAGGUCUACCCCCCGGGCCGUCUGGAGAGGCCCAGCAGCCGAGAAGCCCCAUCAGCGAACCACGACUUCUCUACAGAUGGCCCCAUCUCUCUCAUCAGACCAAAGAACCCCCCAGCUGAGCGUGAGGGGUCGCCUAGCAACAGUGGCCUAGACUCCAUUGACUCAGAGAGCAGCAGUCCGGAGGAGCGCCACGUGUAUCCUGGAAACAAGGCCUCCCAGGCCAGGACCAAGUCCAGCCCAGGCUACAGCAAGGAUGAUGCCCGGGGUCUGGAAGCCAUCAGCAAGGCCGCAGUGGAGGCAGCGGCGGCGGCCGCAGCAAGUGCUGCCUCUUCUCUAGGCCCCUCCAAACACUCCUUCCGGGUGUUCACCGGGGAGGGCGUGGAGGUGAAGGCCUUCAAGUGUGAGCACUGUCGGGUUCUCUUCCUCGACCACGUCAUGUACACCAUCCAUAUGGGCUGCCAUGGAUACAGGGACCCUCUGGAGUGCAACAUCUGUGGCUACCGCAGCCAAGACCGCUAUGAAUUCUCCUCGCACAUUGUCAGAGGGGAACACACCUUUCACUAGGUGUGCAGCCGGAGGAGAAAUAAGAAGACGGAGUGACUGUGCGCGCACGUCUGUGCAUGUCCGUGUUUGCUCAUGUGCGUAUUAGAGAACUUUGAAAUCAUCCCAGCCCAGGAGGAGGUGGACCAACUGCUUUUGGUGCUGCAGUUUUAAAAGGUCUUUAGUACAUAUAGGUACUCGUAUAUAUAGAUACGUGUAUAUGCAUUUAUACGCACCAGUUUAUGAAGGCCUAGGUCAGUGACUUAUCCGUACGUUGUAUGAAAUUCUGUUGUAUGAAAGACUUUUGAAAUUGGGGAAGGGACAGGGAUGGGUAUGGGAAGCAAGCUGGGUUUGCUAGUUCAUUCAUCCUCUUUAUUUCCAAAAAGCAAUUUUUCAGUGAACUUGUUGAAGUCCUCUUACACUUGCACCUAAUGUCUGUUAUUGCCAGAGCAGCUAUAAACAGGAAUUUCUGUUGCAUUCAUUCUCUUAUUACACUCUAAAAACACUUCUCCUCGAUAAAAUGGUGUCCUUUCGAGUUUGCAGUUUACAGCUUAAAAUGUCGGGUAUAUGUAAGAAUUCCUUGUGGAGCUUCCAGAUGAUGUUAGCAGAGCGUGAUGUCAUCAUUGUGUCAAAUAUUGAAGCACAUGCGGACCUCAGGCAUGCCUGCUGAAGAGCUGUAGAAACAGCCAUUGACUGUGUUUUUUAGAGGCAUUUUCAUGCUUAUUACAUGGUAGGCUUUAUAUGCUAACACAUGAUAGGCUGUUGUGCUAUGGAAGUUGUAUCACUUAUCUUUACCUAUUGCUAUUUUUAUAUUUAUGUAGAACUGGCGAACUGUUGCUGUGGUAACAUCCUUAAAAGUGCCUUGAAGCAAUAUUAAAGCCAUGUCAGGUACACUGUCAGCAGGGAGUUGAUAAUGUUACUAGGCAGUUAUAUUUUGAUACAAAAAUAGACAAGGAAACAUAUUUGUUAACAUUUGGUGGUAUUCAAGCUGCUAACCCUCACACCUAGAAAUUCUCCCCAGGCAAGUUUGAAAACAAUGGGGUGAUAAAACUGUAGACUUAGGUUUGGUAAAGUUGGGUAUUUCUUCCUUCAUGGUAUGAUCUAUUUUCUUGCUGUCCUAGAGCAUUAUUAUGAAUCAGGGGUCUUUCAUAAGUAACAUGGUGCUUCCUUUUUAAUUUAAAACAAACUCGCUUUCAUGGAAAUGGGAUUGUUCUCCUAUACUGUAUGUCACUCAACAACGGCAUACGGUAUGUGUUAUGUAGAACUAUUUUCCAAAAUGUACCUGGAUUGACACACUUGGCUGCUGGCAGUGUCAUUUAGAAAACGACUCCGUUGGUAGCUCUCCCUAGGCUGCUGUUGGGUCAAAACGUGAGAAUCCACAAUCUCUCAUCAACAGGAUUCUUAACCCUAGAUAAGCCAAGGGUUUUCUUUUUUAUUGUAUAUAUAUAUAUGUGUGAUAUUGGAGGAGGUAGUCUUUUUGGAUGACACUGGUCUAUGGGUACUACUUGCAAUAAAUAGAUUAUUUAACAACAGGUACUUAGCUGUUAUUAUUUUGUUGAGAACACUUGGAGCAUGAAUGUUACCAUAUUGUUCUGUCUGUUCUUCCUAGUUGAUAAUAGGUACAUUUCCAUCAAGACAGUUUUCAGAGUUACACAUUUACAGUUGCUUUCCAUAAUAAUUGUUAAUUGCUUAACACAUUCAAGGAAACAACAAAACAUCAAGCUAGAGAUCAGUGCUCUUUGCUUUCUCUUUCAGCCCCAAAUUAAUCACUGUUUUCUUUUUUUCUUAUAUCCAAAUCAUCAGUUUUAUAUUUAAAUGCAAAACCUUCCUUAACAACAGAAUGAAGAAAAAUCUUUUCAGUGUGCACACAUCUAAACAUAGCAGAGUAAGUCUUACCUCACCUUCAGUGGCAACUCUUUCCAAUUCCAGAAUCGAAUAAUAACUGAUUUCUUUAUAUUGACUUUUAUAGUGAAGUUCAUAUUCCACGUCAAUAACAUACCCUUUACAGAUUUUGAUUUAUAUUGUUAUUGUACCCUGUCAAUGAACAAAGUGUUUUCAUAGUGAUAGAUUAAAAAGAAUGGGAGUUAAUCUCAUGGCUACGGAAGACUUUUAGAAUGUUUAGAAUUUUUCUAAAAUGUAUUUUCCACUUACCUCACUCUCUUGGAGAAUCAGCUACUGUGAAACCUCAUUUCUAAGAAACCAACUGGAACCUUAUACCCAGGUUGUAGUGAUGAGUAGUGAGGGAGGAGUAGAUUUACUCAAUGAAGGUGAAUCUGAUCACUAAGCUAAACUGAGCCAAACUGAACUGUUCAGACUCUCAGAACUACAUCAUCAGCCCUCAGAGACUAUAUAAAGUACAAGAACAGUGGUGACAUUCAGCCCAUCUUUCCUAUUUAGUUGCUAAUGUAGUUGCUAGUUGUGGUCAACAUCUCUUGGAGAACAUGGCUGGGUAGAUUGUCCCAGCAUCUCACAAGCCUUUGGAUUAUUUUCAGCACCUGUAGUUAUGAAUUAUUGAGUUCAGAAUUGACUGAAUAUACGAUCGUAAAAAUGAAAUUAGAAAAUGAUAUGAAUGUCAAAAAAGGAAGGCAAGAAAUAUCUCAACAACACUUGGAAAGCAUCGCUUUUCGUUUCCUUUCCUACAUUUAUUUGAAAGUUCUAUCAAACCUUAAGUUGUUAAAUGCAGUAAAGUCACUUAAUUUGUUUAAUCCCAGUAUACCUAUAGACGUAAGUUCGAGCAGCUGCGUCAGCAUGUGUAGGCUGCAGAGGAACAAAGAAAAGAAAAGAGACACAACGUUUUGACGGUGGGUCCUUCUUUAGGCGUCAUUAAGAAGGCUCCUCAGCCGAAAAGUUGAACCUCUUUUCUUUUGCUUCAGCAUGGAGUAGACCUUUACCUGUUCCUUUGCUACCUGUAGACUAGCCAUUCAUACUGUAUGAACUGGGGUUCCAUGUAAAAUCUCCUUCCAGUGCACUUAAUAAACACAUGGCUGGGCAUUUAUCUUUGGAAUAGGAAUAGGAAUAGUUUGUCUAGAAACAAAUUGCCUAGAAAACUGUUGAGUGAGCCUAGACUUGAUCCAUUGCUUCCUGGGAAGAUAUUUACAUUAAGGAUUAGAAUACUAUGAAGUGGCACUAAGAGAGCCCUUUUAUUAUGCUCCUUGUAGAUCAGACUACAGCCAAGCAAAGAACCUGGGUAUCUAGUCAACAAUCUUGUCCUUGUUUGGAUCUUUGACUAAUCUGAAUAGUUUAUUGUUGUUUUGAUGUAUCUUUGUCAAUCGCGGAGAUGACCGACACAGAAAGCUUGUAGCAUACUGGGCAAAAAACGAGCUGGAAAGUACACUAGUUAUUCAGAGGAGUUUGAAUAUGCAAGGCUAAAUAUGCCUUUGAAUAUAAUCAAUUAGCUUCAAGGGGAUUACUGUCCUAGAUCAUGAUUAGUUAAUUAGACUAAAGAUAGAAAAAAAAACAUUAAAAUGGUAAAAAUAGGAAAGACUUUUAAUGAUGUAGGAAAGGGGUGUGUUCAUACUGACUAACACAUAACCCUUUAGCCACUUUAAGCUGCUUAGUAGCCAUGUGCAGGGAUUUGGCAUUGUUUUGUAACGGAGCAUUAUGGAUGAAACACAUCAGCAUCUGGCAUAUCAUUAUACCCAUGAUAUCGUUUCUACUCAUAAUAGAUUGCACUUUAUGCCAGGCACUUCUUCUGGUUAAUGGAAGGUGAAUAAUCAGGGUAGUUUAGUGUUCAAACUCAGUAGGCGUGUAUGGCAAUGUAGUGCCCAGUCUGGCAGGUAAGGCACACAUUAAUUGCCUUUGCCCGUUGCCCAGCUUUCUUUAGCUCUUUUUUGUAGUUUUAUCUAUGGGUUUACCUGCGUCUCUUGUGUAGGUAUCUCUGUCUUUGACAUUGGCAUUAUUUCCAAUAAAAUUCAGUGUAUAGGCCAUGUGUUCAUUUAUACAGUGUGAUUAAUGUAUUUGUUUUCCAGACCACAGUUAUCUUGCAAACCACCAGCAUUUCUCCUUCGAACCUUUUCUCUGCUCACUUGAUGCACAAGUAGAGGCUGGUGUUUUCUCCGAUGCGCACAGUUAGGCGGUUCGUUAUACACUGAAUUUAUCAGUAUUCACACUUUGCAUGAUGUGGGAAGGGCUUGUCUUGUUGCUAAUAUACUGGCUUUAAAACCUGUUUACAACUUUUUUUAAAAUGUAGUUUUGUACGUUAUUAAUGUAAGAGCGUGAAAAACAACUGAAAAGGUACUGUUAUUCAUCAGAAGGAAGGGGACCAUGGCACCAUUGCCUGUUUCCUGUGCUUUCUAAAUGAUGCAGAUAUAUGUGUUUUUAUUUUGUACAUAUUCUUAAAUUAAUAAUAAUAUAUAUCGCAUAUUGCAAAUGUUGUUUUUUUAUGAUAGGCUGAAAGUUUUGGUUAGGUAUGUAAUUAUUAAGAUGCAUCAUAUUAUUUUUUAAAAAAAGGUUUGUUUUACAUUUUAACAUGUAACCAGAAGUAACAUUUGGGGUUUCAAAAACUCCUGUGUAGACAUUACAAAAAGAAAAAUGCCAUGCAUUCUCUUAAUUUUUAAGGUUGUUAGAUGUAGGAUUCAUGAGGCAUUUUACACUUUUAUUGAAGUAUACAACAGCUUAGUGGGGAGCAAACUAGUUUUUAAGUAAACACAGUAGCUUUGGCUCUGUGGAGAGGGCAUUGAUGAUUUAAGAAGCACUGAUAAAAGGUUAAUAUUUUAUUGAUCAAUGUAAUUCCUAUCAUUUCUGUCGGUGUAUGGUAUGUGGGUUAUUGGAUUAAAAGUACAUUUUGUCUGUACAGAGACAAAGAUGGAGAUAGUCUUCAUUUUUAUGGUCAUUACAUAUUUUUAUUCCUCCAGUAAUUCACUGUUCAUACUUAGAGGUUUUCAGAGAACUAUAGUAAGUCAACACCCUCUUUCAACAUGCUCCCAUCAGUCCUGAAAGGUAUAGUCUUUGCCUUCCUUCUUUUUGAAGAAUAAAAAGCAUUUUUAAGGAGUACAGGGCUUCUUUGAUUAUUUUUACUUUUUUAAUUUGAAUGCUCACAUACCUUCAAUUCCAGCUUUGACUCCCCUCCAUUUAAAUGUCACAGUCCAACUUUGCAAAACUUUUUUUUUCUCAUUCCUGGACUCAUUAUAGUACUGGCAAAACAGAAGAGAAAAUGAAUACGGGAUUUUUUGGUUUAAAUACAUUGACUGGCUUUAAAAUCCCAUUUGGUAUUUGCAUCUCAUUUCAUCAGGAAAAAGCUGAAAAACCAGUUUAAAACAUUGCAAAAACAUUAUCACCCCAGAUUAUAUGGGCCUAAAAAAAUAAUACACACCAAAUAAUUUCUAGAAAAAGCAUAGUCGAAAUGGUGAAUUCAGCACAGCAUGUAUGUGAAUAAAGAGUUUUUUUAGUUUCUAAAUUUACAAGGAUGUGCACUCUUGUGUAAUUUUUGGUUACUCUGAUUGGAAGAACACUUCCUGUGUUAUAUUAAUUAUUUCACCUUUAAGUAAUAGUUUUACAAAUCAAAACCUGGUAAAAUGUUAGAGGCACAAAACACCUUAGUGAAUUGAUUACAAAGGACAACAAGAAAAGUUUUAUUUUAUUUAGAGGAGGAUUAAUGUUUAAAGUUAAACUCAAUAAAAAUGUUCUAGAUGAUCCAGUAUUUUUUUCAAUACAAGUUAUUGAAGUCACAAUGUUAUUUUUUUUUUCUUUCUGUAACAAUGUAAAAUGAAAUAAAUCCACAGUUCUGACGUUCAGGUUUAAGAUUUUAACAUUUUGUCUUUGUGCAACAGGGUUAAGGAAAUUGUGAAACAGAAGAAAAAGCAGGUUGUUUGCACUGUGUUUUGCAGCUACAAAAAAUCAUUUCUGAUAACAGAUAAUGGGAAGCAUAUUCAUGUACCGAGAAAGAUGACCACAUCUAUUAAUAAAAUUACUAUUGUUGGCUGAGUACACUUAAAGUGGAGACUCUCACAAAGAAUCAAAGAAGUGCAUUUUUAUUUUUUUUUAAGUGCAAUAGAUCACUAUUUUUGCUUCAUAAUAAAAUGUACAUAGUUUGUGGAAAUUGAAGUAAAUAACUUUUGAAAUCCAUUAACGACUGCGGACUAAAAUGAAAUAUUAAAAGAAGAUGAGUAAUUUUUUAAAAUAUAUAUAUAUUUUUGGUACCAAUUUAAAUGUGGGAUUUGCUGUUACAUUGUUGUUCCGAAUGAGCCGUUUACUGAAAUAAAUUUCGGGAUCUCAGGUA